GCCGCCGCCGCUACCACCGCCGCCACCGCCGCCGCUGUUCAUGGUUCUCCAGAAUGACAGCUCCCAAGAUGGAUGUAGUCCAGGUAGUUGGACCAGCAACCAUUAAGACUGUUGGAGAAGCCCAGCUCUGGGUCCAUCGUUAUAAGCUGUGAACAGGAUGUGAAAUGGGCUGACCCAUAAGCCCUGCCUCCCAGCUGCCCAGCCUGCCUGCUAGGAAUGUUCCUCAUGAACGCCCCUCCAGUGGUGGCGCUCCAGUCCAGAUGGGAGGCCUUUAGCCAGCUCAGGAGCUUCUGCUUCCCUGACUGCUUCUCAGAGUCUAAAGAGGACACCUCCAGGGCCUCAGUGAGCGCCAGGGUACAGAUGCUCAUCAGCACGCUGCAGAGAGACGAGGCUGCCCUGGGCAUGAGCCAUGAGCGUGUCCCACAGAGAGGCCAGCAUGCAGAAAGGUGCCGGGACACCAGACUGGCCCCCAAACUGGCUGUGUGCAAAGAGCAGUCGGAGUUCCCUGUCCUGUGGUUGUUGCAGACUGGCAAAGCCCUAGAGAAAGAUGAAGCUGGGAGACAGGGUCCCUUGGAGCUGGAUUCUGACAGUGACGACUCUGUGGACCGGGACAUCGAGGAGGCUAUCCAAGAGUACCUGAAGGCCAAGGGCUGGGCUUCUGAGCCUAUGUCCCGAGGAGCCCCUUGUGUCCCAGAGCCUGCCCACAGCUGUACCCUACCGAUCCCAUACCCCUCACAAAUCAUUCCUGGCUCAGGUAGUGUUCCUGUGGGAGCCAGUGAGGACCAGGGCUCCACCUCCCCAGCUAGCAUGAGCAGCGAAGACUCCUUUGAACAGAGCAUCCAAGCUGAAAUAGAACAGUUUCUUAAUGAGAAAAGACAGCAUGAAAACCCCAAGUGUACUGGGUCUAUGGAUAAAAAAUCAGACCCAAACGGAAGCCCUGCCAGACACAGAGGGAACCGAGAGACCUCAGCCAGGGCAGCUCUGAUGGGAACCUGUAAGGAGUUCAUCUUCCGCAAACCUCCCAGGUUAACAAAGAUGAGCACACAGCCCAGAAACUUCCGGUCUAAGGUCACCAUUGAGCCUGAGACCCUGGUGAAUACAAGGCUAACUGCCCACAGACCAGAGGCCUCGCAGAACAGGGGUGGGGUGAGGAGGAACAUGCCUGUCAGGCGCAGCAAGCGCAUCAGGAACUCGGCCCCAGUGCACCAGGCCUCUGACUCCAGCAGUGAUGAUGGCAUCGAGGAAGCCAUCCAGUUGUACCAGCUAGAGAAAACCAGGAAUGAGGCCAAUGGGGAGCCACCUCUGAGAGCCCAGCUCCAAGAGGAGAGCCCUGGCAAUACUCAGUCUAGUGCCUUGCCUGAAGCCCACAGGAGACCGCCAAGCAAGAAAAAGCUAGCAGCCCCAAAGGUUAUAGACAGCACCCUGGGCGGUCUCCACCCUGAACCACUCUCCAAGCUCCUAAAGGAUGCAAGAGCCCCUGUACCUCCAGGACACACUGCUGCCAGGAGCGAAGUUGUGCACCAGAUUCCAUCAUGCCUAGCAGACACAUCCACCAAGCUGAUGUGUGCAGAAGCAAUCCUGGACAUUUCCAAGACCAUUUUGCCAGUCCCCAUGGAAGGCAGUGACUGGCCUCCAUCCAUGAACCCACUCUUCUGUCCCCCGCCCGUCCCUCCCUGCUCUGAAGGCGAUAGCAGCAACGUGGACAGUGAUUACAGCAUAGAGCAGAAGAUCCGGACAUUUUUGGCCCUCAAGUCACAAGUAGGGAGUCCACAGCCAGCCCAGGGCCCACUGUCCCCAUCUGGCCAGAGUGGCCAGACUGGCAUCCCCAAGGCUAAAACACCAGAUUUCCUUCCCCUGGGCUGCAAACGGAAAUGGAGAGGUGGAGGCAACACUACAGUGCCCAAGAAAAUAAGGGAGGGUAGAGAAAGUGCCCAGGACAGUGACCACAUCCAGGGGAAGGCUCAGCCUGGCCAUGACAGUUGGGACCCUCCCAGCCAGAGCAAAGUCACAGAGGCCCCGGGAGGGGAGACUGAGGCCAAGGACCAGUCUGUCCCUUCCAGGACAGCCGGGUUCAGUGAUGCCCAGCUGUCACAAAGCCGUGGGGGUCUCGGGAAAGCAGCUGAUGGGAAGAGUGCUGGGGAGAAAGAGAGCUCCGAGGACAAGAGCAGCUCUCUGGACAGCGAUGAGGACCUGGACAUGGCCAUCAAGGACUUGUUAAGAUCUAAGCGAAAGUUCAAGAAGAGGUGCCGAGACCCCCGAGCUACGUGUAAGAAGGUCAGAUUUGGCACCUCGGAGACUUGGUGUGGAGAGAAGCUGAGCAGCCUCCCUGGGGACUGGAAGGACCAUGGGCAGCAGGCACUACAGAGCUGUCUGUCCAAGUGCAGAGGGGACAACAAAGAUGGCCCCGGAAGAAGCCCAAUAAGCAUCUUCAGCAGCAUGGCCGAGAGGGCAAAGCUGGCUGGCACAGGGGGUGAGGAUGCUGCCCUGGCCUUGCCUCCCAGGAAGAAGAGUCCAAAAGGGACUCCUCCCUCUAAGGACACAGGAGCCAGUGGCCACCUCCCUUCUGCCUCCAGCCUCCUGUCUGAGGACAGCUCAGUGGACAGUGAUGACAGAAUCGAGCUGGAGAUCAGAAGGUUUUUGGCAGAAAAGGCCAAGGAGUCUGUACGCAGCUCAGAACCUCAAGGAGGCCCUGCCAAGCUAGAGAUGCCCUGCAGAAAAGAGCCAACCCCAGUACUGCAGCCAGGAGUGUGCACACGGAGCCAAAAAGCCAGGGAAACCCCUCAGCUGGCCGAAGGAAGGAGAGGCCCAGAGAGAGCUUGGACACAGGCAAUGGGCCUCUUAAUCCAGACUGAGAGGAGCACUUCCCUCGCCGAGCAGGCCACUCGUGUUCCCACUGCCCUGAGUGAGCCAGCACCUCCCAAGAACACCCGCAGGAACAACUCUGUCAAAGUGUCUCCACCAAACAGGAAAAGUGCCAGCAUUCACAAAGACCAGAGCCCACGGGGACCCCAGACUGCCAUGGCAGAGAGUGUUUUCGGUCAGCUUCCCAGUUGUGCCAAACUGGGUACUGAGGCUGGAAGUGCUGGGGGCACAUUUCACCUGAACUAUGGCAGCCAGAACAUGCUGGCCCCCAAUCCUGGACCCCAGACUGACCUCACCCUACCCUGGAGUGACUUUGCACAUCAGAGCAGGCUGUCCAGCCCAUGGGCACUGAAUUCCGGACAAGGCACACUAUGGACAGGGGUCUUUGGGGGCUGCCAUCAAAAGGGGGCCACAUCACAAGCUGGGGGUUCACCCAGCCUCUCCUCGGGCCCCAAGAAGGGCCUGCCUUUCCUCUCUACCCAGGUCUUCCACUUCGGGAAGAAUGUCUCCUGGGGAGGCAAACAGGCUGGCCUCUUCAGCCCCAACCUGGGCCUGCUACUUCAGGGUCCAGCAUUCUCGGCCUUCAGGGAGACCCAAUCUGGUCACAGCCCUGUGUUUGGAAGCCCACACUUGCUUAUGAAGGACAGUGGGCACUGGCCAAGCCUGAAGGCCCAGGGGGCCCUGAGACAGCAGGACAGGAGGAAUUCUGGCUCUGAAGACAAUAAUGUCCUAGACCUGAGAUAUAGACACAGGGUUGACAGGGAACACCAGGACCAGGAGGCCUUGGGUUGUGAUGCCAGCGAAUUUAGUGACAGCUCUGUGGAAGAUGGGGGCAGCACCACCGUGAGCAGCAAAGACCUCAAGUUGUGACAGGCAUGCCCUGGCUCCCUUGCCAUAGCUGUGAGAAUCUGUGUGUGUGUGUGUGUGUGUGUGUGUGUGUGUGUGUGUGUGUGUGUUGGCAGCAUGGGGUUGGAGUAGGGGAUACUGACCAUUAAAGAGCAAAAAGAAGGUCCCUUCUGUUCUGUGUAGCCCCGCUCCCCAUAUAAAUAUGUAUACUAACCUCAAA